UUGACGAGUGGACGCUGGCAGUUGCCGGUUGUCAGCAACAUUUUCCUCCAUGGCUAGGGUUUUCGGCUCCACUCUACUGGGGCUCGGCGUUACCAGAACCCUCCUCUCUACAUCUUCGAGCUUCUCCUCUCUCUAUGCACCUUUGCUUCUCCAUAGCCAAUGGCGUCGGUUCUACUCGUCGGGCUCUAGGGUGAGCAUGAGCCUCAAGGCAGGCAUCGUCGGCCUUCCCAACGUCGGCAAGUCUACUCUUUUCAAUGCUGUUGUUGAAAAUGGCAAAGCUCAGGCUGCAAAUUUUCCUUUUUGCACCAUUGAGCCAAAUGUUGGAAUUGUUGCUGUACCAGAUCCACGCUUGAGCGUUCUAUCUCAACUGAGUAAGUCCCAACGCAUUGUACCAGCCUCCAUAGAGUUUGUUGAUAUUGCUGGUCUGGUAAAAGGAGCCAGUCAAGGAGAGGGAUUAGGUAAUAAAUUUCUUUCCCACAUUCGUGAAGUGGAUUCCAUACUUCAGGUUGUACGCUGUUUUGAGGAUAAUGACAUAGUUCACGUCAACGGAAAAAUUGACCCGAAGUCAGAUAUCGAUGUUAUAAACCUAGAGCUGAUUUUCUCAGACCUUGAUCAGAUAGAGAAAAGAUUGGAGAAACUUAAGAAAGGCAAGGCGAAGGAUACACAAUCUAAACUGAAGGAAGAAACGGAGAGGUCAGCAUUGGAAAAGAUUCAGAAGCUUCUCAUGGAUGGAAAGCCUGCAAGAUCUGUUCCUUUAACAGACUUUGAGAAAGAUUCUAUACGUCAUCUUUGUUUGCUUACCAUGAAACCUAUCAUAUAUGUUGCUAAUGUGGCUGAAUCUGAUCUUUCUGACCCAAAUAACAAUCCACACGUCAAAGAAGUAUUGAGACUCGCUUCUGAGUUGCAAUCCGGCCUAGCAUCAAUUUCAGCACAGGUUGAAUCUGAGCUCACGGAGCUUCCAUUAGACGAGAGGAUAGAGUAUCUAAAGUCUCUUGGUGUGAGUGAAAGUGGAUUAGGAAACCUCAUAAGAGAGACAUACGACCUAUUGGGACUCAGAACUUACUUCACAUCAGGGGAAAAGGAAACAAAAGCUUGGACAGUACUUGCAGGAAUGACAGCACCACAAGCUGCUGGAGUAAUACAUUCGGAUUUUGAGAAAGGCUUCAUUCGUGCAGAGACUGUAUCCUACGAUGAUUUUGUUGCAGCUGGUUCUUUGGCUGCUGCGAGGGAGAAAGGCCUUCUGAGAUCAGAAGGCAAAGAGUACAUUGUUCAAGAAGGAGAUGUCAUGCUUUUUCGGUUUAAUGUCUGAUUUAUACCAACAAAAAGCAGAGCCACCAAGACAUGAAUCAGCUAUCUUCUUCCUUCCAUUCAUAAGUUGCCACAAAAUAGCAUUUUUUCAGUUAAAAUCUCCUCCACUCCUUCCAGCUUAAGAUAAUAAUUACUGUAAAUGUUAUUUAAAAACUUUAUCCUUGGAUCACAUGUCAAAUUAAAUUAUUGCAACUUCUGACUUUUUAUUGUUUUAAAGGGAAGAGGGAAAAGAUGGUGUGAUUGCUUUAAAGCUAAUCAGGCCCUCACCAAAGCAGUAAUUCUUCGGUGGUUAGCUUUUCGUGGACUUAUCCAUGAUCACGACAAAUUAAAAGAUCCCUCUUAUUCCAGCUCUGUAUUUUUUUGUUAGAAAGAUUACAUACACAACUGAAUUAUUAAUGAUUCCUAUGUAAUCACAUAUCUUAAUCCUAAACUUCAACUUUUACAUAUAUGCCACCUUAUUUAAGCAUGAAAUGGUGUGUCUCAUUUUUUUUAAAAGUUAGACAUAGUGGUAUUUUUGUUAUGUAAUAUGUGUUGUAUUAGAGGGUUAU